AUCUCCACCUCAAGACCCACAAGCAUAGGAUACAUGCCACUGUCGCCCUACAUCGACGAUGACACGACAUUCGCGAACAACCUCCUCUGUCCGCGGUAUGCUGAUCAAGACCCAACCUCGGCUCCACCUUCUCCAGCAUCAAUCCAGUCCUUCGACAUCCUGGACUCGAUAGCAUGGCGAAGAAGCUACAUAUCACUAGAAUCAGAAACACAUCGUGAUUGCCGUAAACGCUGGCGCAAGUACAGAGCACAAAUAAUCGCAAUCAUGCUCCUGCUCAUUUUUUCCACAAUCGCACUUACCCAAGGAAUUUCACUGGCAGUCCAACAC